AUGGCGAUUUUGGGUGACAGCGGGCAGACGGGCAGCACCGACACUCACGGGCCGGGAGAGAAAAUCGGUGCCUCCCAUGCUGCGACAAGGCUGCUGGGCUUACAGGAGUUCAAAGCUGCCAGUGUUGUAAAAAUAAAUCCCGAUGCUCCCCAGAAGAACGCUCGCUUUCUAACGCUGGAAGCAAGGAAGACUUUGUUGGUUCCAACACCACGUCUGAGAACUGGGCUGUUCAAUAAGAUUGUUCCACCUUCAGGUGCAACUAAGGAGAUCCUGCGAGUAUGUGCUACGUCUCAGGGUAUAAAAGAAUACAGUGUGCCUGUAGGCCUUGACGGGAAAGCACGAGUGGACUUGGUUGUUGUAGGAUCAGUGGCUGUCUCUGAAAAAGGCUGGAGGAUUGGAAAAGGGGAAGGUUACGCAGACAUGGAAUACGCAAUGAUGGUGUCAAUGGGCGCAGUGCAGGAGGAUACUCCUGUGGUUACUGUUGUGCAUGACUGCCAGGUGGUUGACAUAGCAGAAGAGCUUCUUGAUGAUCAUGAUUUAACUGUGGAUUAUAUACUUACUCCAACAAGAACUAUCAAGACUAACUGCAAACGACCGAAACCUCAGGGAAUAAUAUGGCGUAAGGUUAGCUAUGAGAUGCUGGGAAAAAUCCCCAUCCUAAAGAGUCUCCGAUACAGAGAGAAGCAGACUGGCAAGGACGUCACCCUCCAAGAUGAACAUUCAGACUUGGCAGAUGCCAGCACACCAGCAGCGUUAAGUGAGAAGGCGAUGGCUGAAAACACAAGACCACAGGCUGCUGCGGGCUCAGCUCAAACAGGACAACAUUAUGUUGAAGGUGAUUCUGUAAGUCCCAGAUUAGAGGGAUCUGGCGUGAUUACUACUGUGUAUGUGGGCAACGUACCUCCCAGCGUAAGAGUGAGCGAGCUGAAAUGUGCUUUAAGGGAAUUCCAUGCAACUCCUUUACGACUGAAUUGGCAAGGAGCACAGCACAGGGCUUUUCUCGAUUACCAGGAUAAAGCAACCGCAGAGAAUGCUGUGUCCUCUUUGAAAGGUCUGAGCCUCGGGGGUAAUACUUUGCGAGUUGAGCUGGCCAAGAAUCAGAGGAACAAAGGGCAAGUGGAAAUCAAUAGUCAGAAAUGAAUAUGAAUAGAGGAAAAAAAUAGGCGUGAAGCCAACCUAAGUUUUCAGGGAUAUUAGUAUAUCCUCUGAUUUC